CAGCCCAGGUUUGCUACGUGCUCCCUGCCUGCCGUGCUCUAGUCUAACUUGUCCCUCUGCUAGGUUUUUCCCUGCAGAGCUCGACUUGCUAAGGGCUGUGCAUUAAUUUGCCUUUAUUUUGUGUGGAGCCAGGCAUAUGCAGCAUCUGCCCGGGCCUGAAGCUGAGCUGGGUGUGCGGCUGCAGCCACAGGCACUGACAGCAUGGAGGCGGCCCUGGCUGUUGGCCACUGAGCGUGGAUGGUCACCAGAAACGAGAGGAGUGGCCAAAGGAGACAGGAUGUGAUCAUCAUGGCACCUGAAUUACUGAUUCUUUUGGGGGCGGCAGUAAUACUGCAAGCAGACUUACUUCCUGAUAAAAAAUCUUUACUUCUACCACCAGUCAAUUUCACCAUUAAAGCUGUCAAUUUAGCUCAAGUUCUUUUACGCUGGGAACCAAAUCCUGAUCAAGAACAAAGCAAUGUCCAGCUAGGAUAUCAUGUGAAAAUAAAUGCUCCACAAGAAGAGGAGUAUGAAACCAGGAACACUGAGAGAAGCCUCGUAACCAUCCUUCACAAAGGCUUUUCAGCAAGUGUGCAGACAGUGCCGUGGAGCGACCACUCCCUACAAGCCAGCAGCUGGGUUUCUGCAGAACUUAAGGCCCCACCAGGGUCUCCUGGAACUGAGAUUGUGAAUUUAACUUGCACCACAAACACGAAGGCAGAUAAUUACACACACUUCCAACCAUACCAAGUUUCUCUUCACUGCACCUGGCUUGUUGGCAAGGAUGCCCCUGAUGAUACACAGUAUUUCCUCUACUAUAGGUAUCGCUCUCGGAUUGAAGAAUGUCAGGAAUACAGCAAAGAUGUCCUGCAGAGAAAUGUUGCCUGUUGGUUUCCCAGGACUUUCAUCAACAGCAAAGGGCGAGACUCCCUUGCAGUGUAUGUUAACGGCUCGAGCAAGGAAGCUGCGAUCAAGCCUUUCGAUCAGCUCUUUGCCCUUCAUGCCAUUGAUCGAGUAAAUCCUCCAGCGAACGUCACGGCAGAGCUCAAAGGAACCUGUCUCUCUAUCCACUGGGAAAAACCAGUUUCUGCUUUUCCAAGCCACUGCUUUGAUUAUGAGGUGAAAAUUUACAAUGCAAAGAAAGGAUAUUUUCAGACAGAAAAAAUGACAACCAAUACACUCAUCACCAUCAUUGAUGAUGUUUCUAAGUAUUACAUUCAAGUGAGAGCAGCGGUGAGCUCUGUGUGCAGAGCGACGGGGCUCUGGAGUGAGUGGAGUCAACCUAUUUAUGUGGGGAAGGAUGAUCAGAAGCCCUGGACAGAGUGGUUCCUUAUUGCAGUUAUGAUGACCAUCUGCUUCAUCUUGUUAAUUUUCUCACUCAUCUGCAGAAUAUGCCACUUAUGGACCAAGUUGUUUCCACCUGUUCCAGUGCCAAAAAGUAAUAUUAACGAUUUCUUUGUAAUCAUCAACAAUGAGAAAACUGGUUCCAGUGAAACUGAAGUCAUAAGUUACGUGGAGGAGGCUGGAUUUGAGACCCUGGAAGACUCUGUGUUUUGACUGUCCCUGGAACAUUCUCAAAAUCAGCUCAUGCUCACCAGCCUCAGUGAUGACAAUGGGAAAGGCUGUUCCCUGGCUGUGAGUUUACAGGACACUCAAUUUAGCUCUAAGGUGAUGCAGCCAGACAAAUCCCUGACAAGCGUGGAUGCCUCGCCACAAUCUCCUAACACACACUGGGUGACUGACUCAUCCAUCCUGCCAGGUCUCAUCUCUGCACGGGCAGCUACCUCUCACCCUCCAGUCACCUGAUCUGCAUUACUCACCUCACACAUUUUUGUGCCAGAGAGACCGUUAUUGAGGCUAACGUCAGUUGUUUUUACUCUGGUAGUUAGCCACCGAUAGUAAUAAUCAACUAAAAUCUCAGGAAGGAAGCAUUUUGUACCAUUCUGGAAUGAACA